AUGGCUUUCAACCACCCACCAUACGUCGACGAUCUCCCCCAUCUUGUUUCCCCCGGACCGACCUACAUCCCACCACCGGACCCGUACGACCCGAUUCAUACAGCUUUUCCAGGUGCAGCUGCAAGCUCUUGGGGACAACAAGCGAAUCUGUGGGGGCAACAAGCCAGUCCUUGGGGACAACAGCCCAGUGCUUCUGCAUGGCCUGCACCAACGAACCCUCCUCAGCCGUGGGGCGCAGAUCGGUUUGGAAUCGGGGGGAACUUCAACGCCCCAGCCGCGAGCAUGCCUGCCAUCGCCAGUGAGCGCAAGCCCAUGGUUCGGCGGCGGCGCAUCACCGCUUGGUCGAGCCAACUCGUUGGGCGGAUACUCCCCUGGGCACGGCCUCAAACGAUCAAACUCUCUCGGAACAGCUUCACCGUCUUCUCACCGCGCAUGGAAGCUGCCCAAGGGCCACCGCGACGAUUCGUACAGCGAACGAAAUCUCGCACGCAGACCUCGAGAUUGGCGCGCGGAUUAUACGCCGAGUGCACUGUUCUGGGCGGAAUCAUGCACAAGCUCUCGAGAAUAGAUUCAGAAGUCAAAGAACAAACGGAUAGCGUCCGGCGUAAAAUACAUCCCCUCCUGCGAUACGCGACGAUAAAUGGCCUGCAUUCAAUGCAGGCCCACGUCUUGGCGCUCACUUCUACUCUCUCUCUUCCUUCAUCGGCUCGGCCAGCUAACACGCUGGAUCUGUGUCAGCUCGCCUGUGAUCCCCCGACCGACUUCAUCCGCAUCACACACCAAUUACUACCGUGGUAUAUCGACGUAUACCAGAAGCAGCCGAAUGGAAUAACAGUCGGCGACAUACUGCAACAAAUCUCUGAGCAACUCGCCGAACCGAUCAGCGCAAGACAUUUCUGGAAUGAGGCGCUGAGCGCGUCGGACCGUGCUUCGUUGACACAAGCUUUUAAGGAGAGGUGCGGUGAUGAUAUGUCGGAGAUCAGCCUCGGGGUGAAGAAGAUAGAUUUCUUGGUGGGUUGGGUGUACUUAAUUGGGUUUACAAGAAAGUCUAGCGGUAUGUGGGAGAUGGUCUUGGAACGCGAUCUUAAUUGGCGUUGA